CGGAGACGUGUCUGGGCUGGCGUGCUGCACGUUUGUUGCCGUUGCCAGAGGUUGUUAGUUUACUGCGGAGUGUUGGGUGCUGUGUGGUUGCGCGGAUUGCUUGCCUCCCUGCCGGGGUCUGAGGGUGGCGUGUCCUGUAAAGCGACAGCAGCUGUACUGCCAAGGCAGUUAUACUGCUAAGACAGAAAGCUUUUGGUGAGUAUGAUUAACUGGUGUUGCUUUGUUUUUUCUUCAUCACUACUGCAUUUUACUGCCUUGUUAUUUACGUGGCAUAACAGCCUGAAUUACUAAUGGGUUUUUUUAUUAUUACAGGAGACAGGUUGGAAAAAGAAGUUCAAUUUAGCUGUAUCUAAGGCUAGCUAUGGCCAUCGUACCAGCUAGCUUUAAAUAAACAUAGUUCACUUGGCUGUCUCUGUGUGGCACUCUGAGAGUGCAGUAAGGCUGCCAGUAUGCUUCUUCAGAAGUGCUUGUCAGAUGGUCGCACAGCUUUGGAACCCCACCCCACCCCACCACCACCCCACACACACCUUUCUAAUUUUGAUUGGACGCUGUGAUUGGUCAGCUGUGUGAAGGUGCGAAGGAGCCAGGAUGUAACAAUAUAGAAUCUCCCACAGUCUCUGACAUCCAGCUUUUCACUCCACUCUCCAGUGUGGACUUAUGGAACAGAGCUUUUUUAGUGCCACACUCCUCCAACAAUAAAGACAGAGGCAGUUAUUGCCGGCAGUAUUUGUCCUGUGUCUGAGUGCAGCAGUGAGUGCAGUGGUGUGUCAGAGGCAGGGACGGACCAGCAGCCAUGGAUGACGUAUACAAAGCAGCGGUUGAGAACUUGACAGAGGAGCAGAAAAAUGAGUUCAAGGCGGCGUUUGACAUCUUCAUCCAGGAUGCAGAGGACGGCUGCAUCAGCACUAAAGAGUUGGGGAAGGUGAUGAGAAUGCUGGGACAGAAUCCCACCCCUGAAGAGUUACAGGAGAUGAUUGAUGAGGUGGAUGAGGAUGGCAGUGGCACAGUAGAUUUUGAUGAAUUCUUGGUUAUGAUGGUCCGCUGCAUGAAGGAGGAGAGCAAAGGAAAAUCAGAAGAAGAGUUGGCUGAACUGUUCCGCAUGUUUGACAAGAAUGGAGAUGGCUACAUAGACUUAGAAGAGCUGAAGGCCAUGCUGGAGUCCACUGGAGAGGCCAUCACAGAAGACGACAUUGAGGAGCUGAUGAAGGAUGGAGACAAAAACAAUGAUGGCAAAAUUGAUUAUGACGAUGCAUGGGUCCCAAGGCAGAUGAGAAAAAAGCCAGGCAGGGCAGGUAACAGGGCUGACUGGGAAGAGCAUCUACGGUGGGGAGAUCUCCAGUCAGGCGUUCUUCGAGACAGAGCGACUCCAGGACAGAGCAGCGUCUCCAAAGGAAACUAAAACAGGGUCAAAGCUGAUACAAAGUCGUAGCGUUACCUACAACAAGACUUAAUAAUCUGGCGGGGUAUAUAAACCAUUCCAGAUGAUAACAGGAGACAGGUGUGUGAAGUGCCGAUUGCCUGCAGCUGGAGGAGCACGCCCAGCUCCCAGAGACACGUCCCACAGCUCCGUCCAGAAGGAGAGGGGUGGAAAGGCGAGGGAGAGGGAGAGAGGGGAACGCCACACGUCGACAGACAAAACCAAAAACCCACCAAGCAUCUCUCACACACUCAAAAAGGGACAAAAUAACCUCAAACACAUCCACACAAAACACCAGCUGUCACCUCCCUGCUUGUGUGUGACACCAUCAUGUAGUCGACCACUUCAGUUCCUGAAAACCUGGAACUCACUUAUACGGUUUUUUAUAAAUCUCACAACAAUUGCUCUACAUCACCUGUAGACCUGAAGAAAUAAUUCUAAUGUUUAAAUAAAUGAUAGAGA